AUGGGUAGACGUUCAAGGAUCCUAUCCGUUCGACUAUGGCUCGCGCUCGCCUCGCUGGGGAUGAUGGCCUCGCUGCCGACGAUUGUGUCAAGUUCCGGGCUGUUGAAGUACACGCCCUCGUCGUGCCUUCCCAAGGACACCCUCGCCGCACCCGACUCGCAGCAGCUCAAGAUGACGGCCCUCUACGCCCAGUUCGACCAGGGCCAGACCUUUGCGGGACAAAAGGCAAAUGGGUACAACCUCGGCGCGACGGGCCAGUACCCCGUCUUCGACAAGGACGGCGCUCGCUACACCUCCACCACGGGCACGCUCCUGCGCGUCGUGCUCGUCGGCACCACCCAGGCUCUAGCUCAGGGGUACUCCAACACGACCACGUACCUCUCCACCGUCGACAUCGAUGCCAACGUCCUCUCGUUCCCCAUCUAUUCAAAUCAAUCGGCGCUCUGUUCCGGCAUCAGGACCUCCGCAGGGGCCAAUUCGACGACGGGGUCGGGGUGCCCCUAUCAAGGCGACAUCGCCCUCGGAUUUAGCAUCGUGCUCGGUGACUCGUACGCCGCGACGACCAUCACCUCCAAGCUCAUCGUCCUCGACCCAAGCGUACCGGCCAAGCAUUUGGCCUGUUACGACCUCGAGUUUACGCCCUUUUACCCCAAGUAUUUCGUCUACCCUUUGGUGUUGUACUGUGAGUUUGCCCACAGCUUUUCCUUUCUCCUCUGCGUCGGGUGAACCACGCCACACCCUCUCCUAUCCCCUUGUUUCAAAUCUGUCUAAUUCUCGCUUGCACUCGCAUUUCCCUCCUUAUGGAUAGUCGUGAUCGCCCUCUUGUCGCUGUACCUCGUCCUCUACGUGAUCGCACGCCUCAACGCCGCCUACACGGCCUGGCUCCAGGACAACGAGACCCACCUGGCCUCUUCUCUGACGCUCAAGAUCUCGUCCCAUACCGGCACCUUGUCGCGACGCAAAAUGUGGGGGGCGAUCUGGUUCAACGCUUGGGCUGGGCGAGAGGUCGUGGCGAGUGGGAGUCUGAGGAGGUUCGGGACGGCCGAGUUGAGGGAGGUGUUGGUGACGAUUCAGUGGGCUUCGCUCGUUGGGACCAUCGCCGUGAACUGGCCGGGAUUUGCGUGUGAGCACUUGGUUCGGUCUUACACCUGUUAGCCAUUCUGACGAACGCUGACGAUCACCAUGUUCCACAGACCCGAUCUUUGCGCAAACCGCUUGGACAACACUCGUCUACAACUCGACCCUUUCCUUCACCUCACCGCCGCCUUCAAUUCUCCCCAACAACAUCGAGAAGCCUCCACUGUUCUCGACCCAGAUGGGCGAUUUGAACUCGCCCCUGUACUUGGACGACUCGCUACCGAACGUGUUGCUUGAUGUUGAGGGCUCGCCCCAGGGGCUUGCCCGAUGGGCCAGAGCGAUUGGUGUUCGACCCGAGGACGUCUGGAGCAUCUGCGCCUUCACCUUCUUCAUCAUCUGCGCCGCCAUCGUCGGUGCCCAUCUUCUCUUUUUUUUGUUCGACACCGCGAUCGAUACCUUCUUGCCUUCGCGAUACAGUAAGCGAAGGGUCAUGAGGGACGGAUUGCCGGCCUUAACGAAGGAUGGGGAGGCGCGCGAAGGCGAACAGCAUCACUACAACGAUUUGGGUCACGAGUACGGACACGUCCGUGGGAACUCGUCGUCGAACCGACCUAGUUCUGCCAUGUCGGCGCGAGAACCAUCGAGUCGCUCGAGUCGACACCCGCUCGUCGCCGAUACGGAUGUCGUCGGUGACGAAGUCUUCUUGCGCGACGAGGAGAUGACCCGACCGGAGGACGUCGUCCCUUCGUGGCGACUUCAUCUCGCCCUCUUGCACGGCAACAUUGUGCGGGCCGUCAUGUUCUUCCAUCUACCCCUGUCGAUAUUCUCGGUCUAUGUGCUCGCGCAUCGAUCCGAGAUUGAAUCGUCGAAGACCUACAGUCUCGCCGGGGCCACCUUUGCGAUCGUUUGCUUCAUCUUCCCGCUUGUCUUACUUGCACGGAUAUAUUACAGCGAUUUGAGGACGCUUUACACCAGCUUGACGCAUCUUCUCGAGCUGGGACCGUUGUACAACACCUAUGCCGACGAAUGCACGAUGUUUGCUGGGAUGCGACUGGGGACGAACAUAGUUUUGGCGAUCGUAAUUGGCGCGGUGCAAGGGGUUGGAACGGCUCAAGCUGUACGUUUCGGCUUCCCAUGGGCUAAGUUUCUACCCAUGCUCACAUUGAGUCUCACUCUUACUCCUGUAGGCCGUGGUUCUCGCGGUCGAAGUCGCCGACACCCUCGUCACUUCCCUAUGGCUGCCGUGGGGCGACAACGCAGCCAUGGGACCCUUGGCGUUCCUUCUUUCCCUCGCUCGUGUCGUCAUCGCCGUCCUGCUCGUCGUCAUCUCACCGACGGUAGCGGUCAGUAUUCAAGCCCGGUCUUGGAUCACCUACAUCAUCUUCCUCGUCCAAGCGAUCGUGGGGCUCAUGUUACUCUGGGUCUUGGUCUUCAAGUUCUUCGAGUUGAUCGUUCGCCUCGUCGGGCGGGUGCCCUUCGACGAGUCUCGCAGUCCGAGGGCGGGUGGACUCUUUGGUACAUUGAGGAAAUGGGACAGGGGAGCUGCAGGAGGGGGGCCGACGGCCAGGGGGCGUCGGAAGAAGCGUAAGGGGUCCGAGAGGCGAGCCGCGGCGCGCGAAGCGGCUACAGGAGAGCGUCGACGACCUGAGCGACGUGAUUCACCUCGCGAUAGUCGACGUUUGAAUCGCCAAUCGAUGGAGACGAGAAGCGUACUUGCCGCCAAUCGAGCGAGCCAUCGAGGAAGCAGGUACGACGACGAUGCAGCGUACAUCAUGUCGCCCAUGUCAUCCGGACCAUGGUCGCAAACGGGGUCGACGCAUUCGAGCGAAGUGAUCAAACCGGGAGCCUAUUCGAACAAAGGAGGACCGGUGUUGAGAUCCGGACCAAAUUGGGGCGAGGCGACCGUCGUCCCUGCGACGAAUGCAAGUGUCAUGUCCGUUUCGACGGCGUCGAGUGGUUUCCAACGUGUUGGGGGAGGUCGAGCGACGUACACGAACCCUUACCAACUCGCGACCGUAGAAUUGGACAACUCGAACCAGUAUCCACCUUAUCCGUCCUCGUCGGCCGACGUUUACUCCGUCAAAGCUCCUGGAAAUCCGAGACGCUUGUCGCAAUCCGCCGUAAUCGAGAUGGCUUCGGCGACGGCAUUAUCGAAUGAGGAGGAGGUUCUGAGCAGUACGAGCACCAUCACGGGUAACGGCAGCAAUCGACAAGCGAGGAGGAGUUCGGCACCUCUUGCGCUUCCACCGAGUUCAUCGACGUUGCUCUCCAACGCGGUGCCGAGGUACGAUGCCCCGGACAAGACGAGACAAGGGCAACGUCGAUCUUCGAGACCGAUUUCGUCCGGUGGGACACCGGCGAAGAAGACUGGGGGCACUGGUCUGUUUGGUCGGUUCAGGAGGACGCAACCGAGACCUUCGACGUCGGAUUACUCGGAUGAUUCGGACGAUUUCACCGAUGACGAAGAGGAUGACGACGAGGUCAGCAGGGGCAAGCGACCGGCGGGAAGAUUGAAGGGGUUGUUUGCGACUCGAUUCGCAAAGAAGGCAGAUCAAGGGAAGAAGCAGCAAGGGGCUGAAAGGCACCAGGCGGAAGAGGUGGAGCAACUCGCGCCGGCGGUCGCGCCGGAACAAGCUGGGUUCAGCGUCGUGCGCAAACCCCGACCAAGACCUCCCGUAACGGCCGCGUCUACACCUACGACCAAAUCGGAAUCUACUGAAGCUAGCGAGAGGACGACGAGCUCUGACUCGGCUCGCAAGGACGCCGACGAGCCUAACAGACCAACAUAA